AUCGCACUCCCUUCCUUGUACUAAUUAUCUGUUACCUCGGCUGGCGCAAGCCAUGUCGUUUCUUACAAAUUGGUUCCGGAAGCGCGAACCGGAGGACUUCGAACAAGUCCUCUCCGCUCUUGCAACCGACAUCCAGGCUCGUCAAACGAAGCUUGCAGAUAUACGAAGGCGCGAACGGAACUCGACCUUCCUCCUCACUCUCUGGCUAUUUGGGUUCUGGGUGGCAUAUGUUGCCGUAUGGUACGGCAGUCCGAAUGUCUUGCCGUCCUUCCAUACGCGGGUUGGGACGGGAAUAGAUCGAGCUGUCAAAGGAGCUCCUGUGGUGAUAGGGCCCAUAGUUGUCCUGUUCUUGCGACGCAUCGUCCAGCUGUUCUACCAACGUAUUGGCAGCGCUGAAGAGAAGCAACUCCAAACGCUACACAAACAACAACGCGAAAAGAUCGAGGAGUUCAAGAAAAAGACCAACUACUACAAGACCCGGGACCUCAUCUCCCGCUUCGACGAGCCCUCCUCCGCCCAAGCCUCUCCCGUCCGGCCUCCCGCGUCCACCAACGGCACUCCACCACGAGUUCCGAUGACACCACACCGUGGUCCGGCACUGCCUCCCUUACAAACACCGGGAAAGCCGGGAUCCGCUCAGUUGAUGAACUCCAUGCUUGCUGCUACACCUGCCCGUCCUUUAGCGCCGCCGAAGAGGCAAUGGUAUGACAAACUCGCAGAUGCUCUGCUUGGAGAAGACGAAUCAACGUCAGGUACCGCAGCCUCAAGGUAUGCGUUGAUCUGCCAGAAAUGCUUUGCGCACAAUGGCCUGGUGAAAGAGAGCGUAUGGGAAGAUACGCAAUACGUGUGCCCCAAGUGCGGUCACUUCAACCCUUCCCAGCGCUCCCUCAAGGCUGGCAAUGCUAUCACACCGCCUCGGGCACCAGCACUCUCUUUGCCUUCCUCCAUACCUCCCGACUCAGCUCUCUCUCCAUCACGCCCGAAUGCGCCCCCAAAUACCGCGUUGCCGUCGUCCUCGGAGCACGAAACCCAUUUCGCGCCGCCCAUCAAUGCGCCGACAACUGCCAAGCUGGCGGUGUCGAAGAAUGACGGGUCGCAGGAGAGCAGCAUGGUGAUGGACGUUGACUCGUAGCAUCCUGAUAACGUUAUUGGCGGUGCCUGUAUUACUCGUGUGUGGCCGAUUUGAUCACGUUUCGCG